CUAGAAAAUUGAACGGCAGUUACGUUCAUGCCUUCGAUCGUGACAAUGUUGCCUCCGUGAACGUCAUAUUAUAAAUUGUCUUGCGAUCACGUGCCAAUGAGUGUGCAAGAAUUUUCAAAAAGGAAUUUCUAUAAAAGUGCCUAAGAACAAAAUAAAAUAAAACUGGAUUAAUUCAUCUUUCAAUUGUUCUCCUAUCGGGAUCGAAAAAGCAAACAGGGAGAGAAAAAAGAAGAGCGAGCGAGACAAAUACCAUCACAUCGAUUGACCUUUUCAUUUGUACCAGAAUUCACAGAAUCUUUUCCAAGCUGGUAAAUUUUCAUUUUGCCAAAAAAAAAAAAAAAAAAAAAAAUUAGACAACAAACUCGGAUUAGAAAUAGAAGAAGAAAAAGAAGGCAAUAAAAAAUUUGGAAAACUAAAAUUUUGUUUUAAAAUUGAAACAGAGUUAGGAAGUAUGUCAUGACCAGCACCGACUCGACCUCAUUUUGCACUAAAACUGACGAAAAGGAUGAUGAUAGUCGCAUCGAUUCCUCGUCUUCAAGACCAACGAGACCGAGAAAUUUUGGCUCCACUAUUGCACUCGGAAACUCGACAUUUGAGUCCCUUGCACUCGAUGUAUCGUUUUCGGGACUUGCGAGUGCCUCAACACCGAGAACACCCAAUUUUGGAAACCGAACUUCCGAGGAGAGAGAUUCAGAAAUUUGGGAAGACAUCGGAGUUGUUGAGUACUUGGAGAGGGGACUCAGUCCUGGCGAUGAGAGUUCAGCUGAGGAUCGAGAAGAAACCCUCCGACAAGUUUUGUCAGAAACGGAUAUUCACGAGGGAGAUGGAGAUAUGUCAGAUUUUUUAUUUCACGUAGCACGAACGAAACAUGGGAGAAUUUACAUUCGAGUUAUUCGCACACUUCUCUUAAAUCGAGUCUUAUGCAGCAACCGGGUGAGCCAAAUGACCAAAACCUACAAUGAUAUCGAGGCAGUAACAAGGCUUUUAGAAGAGAAAGAGAAGGAUUUAGAGUUGACAGCACGAAUUGGCAAGGAGCUGUUGACGCACAAUCAAAAACUCGAGAGUACUGUCAAUGCUCUGGAGGCAGAACUGAAAGCAGCAAACGAGAAAAUCACUCAAUUGACACACGAGUCGUCAAAGAAAACCGAAUUGAUACAGAUUUUGACUAACGAUGUGGAAGAAUCAGGUUCGGAAGCUGCGACACCCUCAGGAUUACAGGGCAUCAAUUUGGAUGUUAUGCAACGUAAAAUAACUUCACUCGAGGAUGAAAAUAAAUCACUAAAAAGCGAAUUCACAAAGCUCGUUAGUGAGGCUGAUAAUUGUGAGGAGCAGGAGGCGCGUCUCGUCAAAGAUAUCGCUAACCAACUUGCAUAUGCAAAUAUGGAAGUAGACGGCAUUGCUGAGGAGUUGGGCCGACAGAAGGAGGAAAACCGGCUUCAACAUGAGCAAAUAGUGAGCUUGACCGCCAAACUAGCAGAGACGGAAUUACGACUCGCUCGAUUGAUAGCCGAGCACGAUGAAAUAGGAACGACUCUAGUUAUAACGAGGGACAAUCAGAACACACUAGCUAGUGAACUUGCCGAGUUUAAAGACCGUUAUGCAGAGGUUGUUAAUUUGUUGGCGGAAACGCAGGAGCAACUCAAGAAACAGAGGAAACGCUCAAUGCCUACUGUUCGAGGUGGAUCACUUUAUCCGUCAUUAGUGGCUCAUCCUCAACCAGAUUCCAUUGCCUCGGAACUGGAGUCUUCACUUUAUUCUGAAUCAAGUUUGGAUUCUGGAAUAAGUGCAGAUAGAUUACCGACGUAUAAGAAAGUAUUCGAGACGGUUCGCAGUGCCUCAAGAACCUCGUUCAGUGCAACGAGUGAAAGUCAACAAUUCCCACGACUUGGUUCCAUGACAACUUCCACCCUUUCGAGUGGCUCUUCCGGGCCAAGAAUGAGUCUUGGUCCUCAGAUGCGAAGUCGAACGCGCGGAAUGCCGGGUGCUUCGACUUUUCUCAGUUUGGAUUCUACUGGACAUAGUGAUAGCGAGAGUUCUCUCAUUACUGACUCUGAAGAAUAUCCAAUUAAUUUUAACCGUAGGGGACCGCAGCUUCCGGGAGUGCCUGGAGCUCCAGGAGCAGCCGAUUUGGAGGCAGCACUUCGUCGUUUGACGCCCGCAGAAGUGAUUGCGAGACGUGCGUGUCUCAGCACUGGAACUGGUUACACCUACGACUACGAUGGCGGUGGAGCUCAUUCACCACCGAAUUUCCUUCCGUUUGGCUGUCGAACACCAGACAGCAUUAUGUCCACAGGAAGUAGCGGGAACUUGAGCGGCUUCAGUGGCAACAGUGCCGGUGGCUGGCGACUCCCUGAGAAGCUCCAAAUCGUCAAACCCAUGGAAGGCUCGCAGACUCUUCAUCAUUGGUCACAGUUAGCGACUCCCACGCUCGGUGGCUUGCUUGAGGAGCGUCCUGGUGUGAAGACGCGUGGCGGCCGACGAUUAGAGGAUCUGGGACUUGAGACGUACACGCUGACCGACGUCGAGGAAGACGAGGAAUACGCGAAUCCGGGGAAACUCUUCCAGGACACUGGAUCCGUUUACACUUAUACGAAUAGCACAGUUCUCCAUCCCGACGACCAUACGAGUGUGACGGCUAGCGUUGUUGGUAGCCGAGUCGCCAGUGCGCCCGACAGUGCCGUCAAUUCUGGCAUGAACACGCCAAGGACUCUCAGUCGACGUAAUUCCACGUCCACUUUCUCGACGACUCUCAGUCUCGCCAAGAUGCUCAACGAGCGAGGAAUCAAAGCCGUGACACCGUCGUGUGUCGCGACACCGAACGAGGACAAGAAUUUCUCACCGACUGCCACACCUUGCAACAGUCCCGAUGGUAGUCCAACACACUCCAGGUCAGCGUCGCCUUCGCCCACUAGCUCAUCACUCUCAUUCGGAUUGUUCACCACUGGCGCUGAAUUGCUGAAACGUACAUUUGGCAGCGAAUCCGCUACACCUAUUCCAACCGCUUCGCAAGUUAAAAGGAAACGGGUGAAAAAUCCCCUCUCUAGGUCCGAGAAGAAGGCGUUGACAGGAAUUCGACUCGUCGAGAAACUCGAAAGGAUCGGCAUUGACACGAUAAUGGCGGCUACAACAUCUACAAGUAUAUCACCAUUGGCUUUACAGGGUGCACUUUAUACUAGGCGAAAUAUGGAGAGUCCCAUGGCGCAAUUGACCUUCCUGAAAAACUCCAUGUCCUCCAGCUUCAGCCAAGAGAAAUUGGAUUCUUCUUCCUCGGCCUCUUCCAUCAGUGAGAACUCAAUCUCGUCACUGCCCAGUGACAGAUCAAGGGGAUUGAGCGACAGCGAAGGAAAAUUGAGUUAUGGAUCGAGUCGACAACGACGUACGGGAAAUCGAUCAACGAGACCCGAUCUCGGACAAGUGAAACCACCAGCUGCUCCUCCUGUUACCAAGGAGUCCGCUGCUCAGUCGGCACUUGGCACACUUAGCUCACUUCUUUUUGGUAGAAAAGGCGGUUUACUCUAAAUCGACUCUUCUUCUUUUUUAUUUAUUUUUUUUUGUUUUGUUUUCUCAAAAUCCUUAUAGAGACGACGAGUGUUGAAGAUUUUGAUGAAAGGCUGUGAAAAAAGAGAGCACACUUCAGAAUUUUAUUUUUUAGCUGUAGUUACUAGAAUCUAGUAUUUAAAUUUUUUCCUGAUUGAAUUUUCUUUUAGUAAUUCAAUUUUUUUUUUUUAAUUAAAUUAUUCUAAAUUCUAGUUGAAAUUCCUGUCUAAUCGUUUUUGACUAGUUGACAAAUUUUUAUACUUGAAAGUUUUUUGACUUGUUGAAAAUUAGGUUUUUUUCUUCUAGUUCAAAUUUUUUUUUACUAGUUAAAAAUCUUUUUACAACUGGUUGAAAAUAUUUUUUAAACGGUUGAUAAUAGUUACUAUUUGAAUUAUUUUUCACGAAUAAUUACAUUCUUUUUUGGCUUGUUUUUUAUCAGUUAAAAUACUUUAUUCAUACCAUAAUUAUGUAUUAUUAGGUAUUUUAUAAAACAAUUGUAAAAAAAGGAAAAAGAGAGAAAUGAAAGAGAGAGAUAGAAGACGUAAUUCUGAAGUGACUAAAAUUAUUGUUUAUUGAAAAUGAAAAUAUUAAACAUAUUUUACUGCCGUUAAUGUAUUGUAGGUAUAGAGAAAAUACUCACUUUGAAUUCUGAAAAAAUUAAAUCAUUUAAAAUUUGAUAAAAUUUUUAGAUUUAAAUUUUCAAAAAAUAAAAUCCAUUUAAAAAUAUUAUUUUAAAUUAAAUAAUUUUUUUCGUCUUCAUUUUUUAAAAAUUGUAAUUGAUUUUAAUUAUUAAACUGAUUUCACUUUUCAGGAUUCAAAGCAGUGAAAAGAAAUUUUUUAGGGAAAUGUUCAACACUCGCGUCUAUGCCAACAGUAUGCAGUUUAUUUUUUACGUUUCUUGGCAUAUUUUCUUUUUUCCUUUUUUUUAAUUCAAAUGACUAUGUGCUUUCAAGUAUGCACACAUUCAUCAAUAACUUACAUCAUUUAUAUACACUACUGUUUAUUGUAGAUCGAUCGCUCUUUUUUGCGUCUUCAAUUGAGAUAGAAAAUACUGCCGUAUAAAGAAACAACUUAGGUAACUCAUAUUUCCGCUAAGAUUGAUUUUCACGGAAGCUGUUGUGUGAAUAUCGCCGUAAGUAGUAAUGUGAGGUAACUAAAUUUUUCCUUUGUACAGUGGAAUAGGGAACGUCUGAAAAUUACUCUUUUUAAAUUUUUUUAUUUUAGAAUUAUCAAAUUUUCUAAUUUGCAUUUUUCUCCAAAUUAAAAGAAAAACAACAAUAAAAAAUAGUGAGAUUUCGAAAAAAAUUUAAAUAUCGUUUAGAAUUUUUAAUUUCACGAAUAUUGAGAAAAUAUUCAAGAAAUGGUUAACAAUUUGUUGCCUAAAUAAAAAAAUAAUUCUUUUUUCCUUUUAAUGACAGUGGAACUGCUUUUUUAAAAUCAAAAUUUUCGGAAUUUUCGAAAAUUAAUCUUUUCUUCCGAAUGUUACUUGGAUUAUUUGGAAGUUUUUAAAGAAAUUUUUAAGCUCUAACUAAUUAUUGAAUAACAGUAAAAAUAACCGAAUUUUGAUCUAAAAUCCUUUUAUUGUAGCAGUCAGUUCAAAAAUGGAAAAACUUCUUUUACAUUUCAUGUAAAAGAUAAAUUUUUUUUUUUUUUAACUCGAUUAAUCAAGGAUGGUGCAAAUAACGUUAAUGACGAAAUAAUUUAAAAAUUCUUUCAAUGUGAUCCUGAAUUGAAAGAUUUAGCGCUAAAAGUUACAAAGCGACGUUUCUAGUCGCGUUCGGUGUCGAGCCUAUUGAUAUUUAUGAUAAUUCAAAAUAAUAGUAAUAAAUGAAAAAAAACAACAAAAAAGUCAAAAAAAGAAAAAAAAAAAAAAAAAAAAAGACACGAACGUUACCCUAUUUUGUUAGUAGAAAAAAAGUAGAGUUCUAAGCUAUAGAUGGAUGAAAAAAUAUAUGUAAUUACGAAAAGUAAUUUGAGUAAUUUAAUUAAUAAUUGUACAGAGUUUGUAUAUAUGGACUGGUUAGUUAAUCUAUUUAUUUUGCUAUUGAUAGUUGAAAGAAUUAAUAGUUCGGAAUGAUUAACGGUUUACACAUCCGCGACAUUUCAUGCACAAAUGAUUUAAUUAAAAUCAAUUUUACAGAAGAUCAAAAUGUCAAUUGAUUUAAUGGUGGAUUUUUUAAAAUGGAGACCGCUUCGUUUUUACUUGACUUUAUAUUUAUAGAUUGAAUAAUAAUUAUUUUAUUCAGUAAAUAUUCUUAUUUGCUAUUGUCAAUCUUUGUUGAUUUUUUUGAAGAUUGUGCAUUUAGCCUGAGAAUCGACGUCAUUGUAAAUAGUUUUUUUUUUAAAAUCAGUUCUUGAAUUUUUUGUUUUUAAAAGAAAUGUACUUUUUUUAUUUUCCAACCACUGUAAUGUGCAUGGACAGAGAGCGGUCCUGUAUUUUAGCGCAGCCUUGUAUAUAAUAGACGUACAAAAGAAUAAAAAAAAAAUAAAUUGAAAA